AUGGAACCCUUUUCUUUUGCCAGCUCGGAAGCUGUGGAGAUACCUGUCAAUAUCAGGAUAGUCAGCCUAGAAGGAGAACAAACGCCAAUACCCUUCUCUACCCUCAUUAAUAGACCGGACCUGAGGCAUAUCGGGUCGAACUUGAACCCCCAUUCUGAUCUCUUCGUAACUGUCCAACUCUGGGCAGAUUCCAAGCCACUGACCAUCCCGGUCCAAACACCCUACAAGCCGUUCCGCAAUGAGAGAAAGUGGAACGAGUGGCUCACGCUGCCAAUAAAUUACUCAACAUUACCCUUGAGCUCACAACUCGCGAUCACAAUAUGGGAUUUAUCACCUACGGGCGGCGACGGCGCACAAGGUCAUGCUAUUCCCUUUGGAGGAACCACGCUUCCCCUAUUUGAUAAGGAGAACCAGCUCCAGAAAGGCCGUCAAAAAUGCUUUCUCCACCGCCGCAAAGCCGCAGAUGGCUUGGACUCCUCUUCUACACCUUCCACACCCCAAAGCUCACGGAGGAAUGGUGGGAAGGGAAAGGAACACAUAGCAUCUGUGGAUAAAGAGAGCGAGGAGCUGGACAGACUUGAGAAGUUGUUCAAAAAGCACGAAAUGGGCGAGAUACCCCGCAUCGAAUGGCUGGAUCAACUAGUAUUUCGAGGGGUGGAGAAGCGUGGAUUGCAGGCUUCAAGUACAUCAAUGAAAGCCCUGCAACGAAGAAGAUCCCGGCAUCAGAGCACUGUCAUGACACUGGAUGGAACGGAAGAGAAGCAAGCGAACGGGGACAAAGAAAAGAAGGACGCAGUCGAAGACGCUAUUGACGAUGAGCGCUUCACACUCUAUGUUGAAUUACCCAGAUUUGACUUCCCGGUUGUCUUCGCGGAUCAUGAAUAUCCUCCGCCGCCGAUCUCUUCCCUUCAACACCUCUCGUCCUCACAGUCCAAUAUCAUACUCAAGCCGCCACCAGAAGUCCAUUACGGGCCUGGAAUUAAUGGUCUUGGGGAUAAUGAUGACCAUGGAUUUGGAGGACGUCUUGUCAGGGUGUAUGAUCCUGAAGUUGGGGCUAGGGACAAUCCGGCUGAGAGUAAACAUCGCCGGCUUGUUCGAAGUCAUCGAACGGGCGUCCUAGAUCGCGAUUUGAAACCAAAUGCGAAAGUUAGGGACGAACUCAAUGGGAUCAUGGCCUACUCACCAACACACUUUCUCUCUCCCGAGGAGAAAGAUCUUGUCUGGAAGUUCCGGCAUCAUCUGACAAGAGACAAGAGAGCUCUUACCAAGUUUGUGAAGUCUGUGAACUGGCAUGAUCAGAGUGAAUCUCGGCAAGCGGUGCAGAUAUUGGCGAAAUGGACAGAGGUUGAUGUCGAUGAUGCUCUUGAACUUCUGGGUCCUACCUUCGAUAAUCCGGCGGUCAGGGCUUAUGCUGUCGAUCGACUUCGAAAGGCCGACGAUGAUGAACUUCUGCUUUAUCUUUUACAGUUGGUCCAGGCCCUCAAAUUUGAGCAUAUUUCGCCAGAUUCUAGACAGGAUGCCACCCAGGAUUCAUCUCUUGCAAGGUUUCUCAUCGCGAGGGCAACCAACAACUUCAUGCUUGGGAAUUACUUCCAUUGGUAUUUGAUGGUGGAGUGCGACGAUAAGAGCGAAGAUCAGAGCAGCGAAUACCGAAAACUCUUUGCUAAGGUGGAAUAUGAUUUCAUGACCGAUCUCGUGAAGCUUCCCGGUGGGGUAGAGACACGAAAAGUACUUCUGCGACAAGGCGAGCUAAUAACAGUGUUGUCCAAGAUUUCCAUGGACAUCAAGGUCUCUCGUGAGACUGUCCCCAAGAAAGCAGAGCGAGUCAAGCAAUUUCUGGCAGAUCCCAAGAAUGAGAUUAUUACGAUCGAUCCUCCGCUGCCUUUGCCGCUGGACCCCUCGGUUACGAUUACAGGCGUUGAUCCAGCAGACACGAAUGUGUUCAAAUCUUCACUAUUUCCAAUCAUGAUGACGUUCAAGACUUUAACGAAGCAGAAAUAUCAAAUCAUGUUCAAGACAGGAGAUGAUCUAAGGCAGGACCAACUGGUGAUUCAGAUUAUCACUCUUAUGGAUCAGCUGCUUCGAAAAGAAAACUUGGAUUUGAAACUUUCUCCGUACAAGAUUCUGGCUACAGGAGCUACCGCUGGAGCAGCUCAGUUCGUCCCAUCAAUGAGUUUACAGGGAAUUGUCAACAAAUACAGGGGUAACACUGUGCUGGCAUAUCUGAAAUACAACAACCCAGAUGAUAAAGCACCACUCGGGGUCAGGAAAGAAGCUCUAGAUAUCUUCAUCAAAUCCUGUGCUGGAUACUGCGUGAUCACCUACCUCCUCGGCGUCGGAGAUCGGCAUCUCGACAACCUACUCCUCGCCCCGGAUGGCCACUUCUUCCACGCAGAUUUCGGGUUCAUCCUCGGUCGAGACCCCAAGCCCUUCGCACCAGCCAUGAAACUCUGCAAAGAAAUGGUCGACGGCAUGGGCGGCUCCGCCUCGGAACAAUACAAGCAAUUCAAGCAAUACUGCUUUACAGCCUACACCACCCUCCGCAAAUCCUCCAACCUGAUUCUCAAUCUCUUCAGUCUAAUGGUCGACGCGAAUAUCCCUGAUAUCAAGCUGGAACCGGAUAAAGUCGUGUUGAAGGUUAAGGAGAGGUUCCAUUUGGAGAUGAGUGAGGAGGAUGCGAUUAGACAUUUUGAUACGCUGAUUGAGGAUUCGUCGAAUGCGAUCUUUCCAGUGGUUAUUGAUAGGUUGCAUGGGUUUGUGCAGCAUUUUAGGGCGUGA